CUGGUGAACGUGUAAAUCGCCAGUCUAUUGAGCAAUAAUUUCCCAAUUUGCAGACAGCAUUAUACAUAGUGACUUGGCUUUAGUAGAAGCGAUUUGAAUGUAAAUGUACUGCUUUCCCCAAAAUCACACUGCCGCCUAUAUACUACACAUUACGGUAAAGAGACGCAGCCGAGUCUGUCCGGCCUUCCCUUCACACCAGGCGGCGUCUCAUGAUUCAUUCAGCCGCACACAGACAACACCAGACGGGCUAGACAACAGACACUCUUCCGAGCCGGGGGUAUCAAGAGGCUUGGGGUGAAAACAAUAGAGCAGCAAGUGUCUCACUGAAAGGCGGUAUUAGCUAGCUCGUCAUGGCGGAGGUCGGUGAUGUUUUGAUGUCGGUGUUAUCCACAAUCCGGGUCCCGAAGCCCGGGGACGGGGUCCACAAAGACGAAUGCGCCUUGUCAUUUUCCUCGCCGGAAAGUGAAGGAGGACUGUUUGUGUGCAUGAACAGCUUCCUUGGCUUUGGGAGUCAGUAUGUGGACCGGUACCACGCCCGGACCGGCCAGAGGGCUUACCUACACAUAACCCGGACUCGCAAGGAUAAGAAGGAAGAUGACAAUAACUCUGGAUCUGGUCACCCGCCAAAGAAAAAGCCCACCAGAUUGGCUAUAGGAAUUGAAGGAGGGUUUGAUGUGGAGCAGGAGCAGUAUGAAGAGGAUAUAAAGGUGGUCAUUUUACCUGAUAGACAGGAAGUGACAUCAGAGGACGUUGCUACCAUGCCUGAAUUUGUGAGAGAGCGGGUGUCCCUGUCAAUGGCGGGUAUAAUGGCAGCCGACUCAGUGUCUCAUGCCUUACAAGUUCAACAGUGGGAUGGAGAGGUGAGACAGGAGUCGAGGCAUGCUGCUGGCCUUAAACAGCUUGACAACGGAGUCAAGAUCCCUCCCAGUGGCUGGCGGUGUGAGGUGUGUGACCUCCAGGAGAAUAUUUGGAUGAACCUGACAGACGGCAAAGUGCUGUGUGGUCGCAGGUAUUUUGAUGGCACCGGGGGCAACAACCAUGCCCUUCUACACUUCCAGGAGACAGGAUACCCAAUUGCUGUCAAACUUGGUACCAUCACUCCUGAUGGGGCAGAUGUGUAUUCCUAUGAUGAGGAUGACAUGGUACUGGAUUCCAAGUUACCAGAGCAUCUGGCUCACUUUGGCAUCAACAUGAUGACCAUGGAGAAGACCGAACGGACAAUGACAGAGCUGGAGAUUGCUGUGAACCAGCGUGUGGGGGAGUGGGAGGUGAUCCAGGAGUCGGGCACCACCCUACGGCCCAUGUUUGGACCCGGUUUGACUGGCAUGAAGAAUCUAGGGAACAGUUGCUACCUCAACUCUGUCAUGCAAGUGCUCUUCACCGUUCCAGAUUUCCAGAACAAAUAUGUGUCUAACAUCGACAAGAUUAUUGAUGAAGCCCCAAGUGACCCCACCCAGGACUUUAAAACCCAAGUAGCCAAGCUCGGCUACGGUCUGUUGUCAGGAGAGUAUUCCAAACCAGCGCCAGACCCUGCGGAUGAAAAUGGUGCAUCUGAACCCAGGGGAGACCAAAUCGGUAUAGCGCCAAGAAUGUUCAAAGCACUUGUUGGGCGGGGCCACGCAGAGUUCUCUACAAAUCGACAACAGGAUGCUCAUGAGUUUUUAUUGUACUUCAUAAACAUGUUGGAGAGGAACUGUCGCUCUGGGUCCAACCCAUCUGAAGCCUUCAGGUUCCUGGUGGAGGAGAGGAUUGUGUGUCAGCAAACACAGAAAGCCAAGUACACGCAGCGGGUGGAUUACAUCGUCCAGCUGCCUGUGCCGAUGGAUCAGGCUACCAACACAGAAGAGCUUCAGGAGGCGGAGCGCCGGCGUGAGGAGGGGGACUCAUCAGCCCCCACAGUGCGUGCACAAAUCCCCUUCACAGCUUGCAUGGCAGCCCUCAGUGAACCAGAGAUCCUCACAGACUUCUGGAGCUCGGCUGUGCAGUCCAAGACUACUGCUACCAAAACAACGCGCUUUGCCUCUUUUCCCGACCACCUGGUCAUCCAGAUUAAGAAGUUCACCUUUGGCCUCGACUGGGUGCCCAAGAAACUGGACGUGAGCAUUGACGUUCCUGACACCCUGGACCUGAGCGCCUUACGUGCAACUGGCCAGCAGCCAGGGGAGGAGCUUCUACCAGAGGUGGCCCCGCCCCCACUCAUGACCCCAGAUGUGGAGGUUAAAGCUCCAGUCAUUGAUGAAACCACUGUGGCCCUGUUAUGUGACAUGGGAUUCCCACCGGACGCCUGCAGAAAAGCGGUGUACUACACUGGGAACACUGGAAUCGAAAAUGUCAUGGAUUGGAUCAUGAGCCAUAAGGAUGACCCAGACUUUGCGGCCCCCCUGGUGUUGCCAGGCUGUAGCUCCGGCCCCGGGACCACACCCACAGAGAGCAUCUCCGAGGAGCACCUGGCAACCAUCGUCUCCAUGGGCUUCAGCCGAGACCAGGCAACCAAAGCUCUUCGAGCCACGAGUAAUGUCCUGGACCGGGCCGUGGACUGGAUCUUCUCCCACCUGGAUGACCUGGAGUCCAUGGAUGUUUCUGAAGGCGGUCGCUCAGCCGCAGAGAGCGAGGGUGACAGAGAUCUUCCGCCUGGGCCUCGUGUCAAAGACGGACCAGGAAAGUAUGAGCUGUUUGCGUUCAUCAGUCACAUGGGGACGAGCACAAUGUGCGGCCACUACGUCUGUCACAUCAAGAAGGAUCAGCAGUGGGUCAUCUUCAAUGAUCAGAAGGUCUGCGCUUCAGAGAAACCUCCCAAAGACCUGGGAUACCUCUACUUCUACCAGAGAGUGGCUGAAUGAGACACGGGAGUGUUAGACCCGGGGUGAAGGAGGAGUAAUGUGGACGCUAACGCAAACACACGAGACAGCAUUCAUAGUCACAGCCCCACCAAGCUCUUACAGUUGCCCUGGCCUGCUUCACAGCUGACUUAAGUGUAAAUGAAUCUCUCAGAUUGCAUAUAAACACAUUUAAAUACAUUGGUGAAGAUGUACAUAAAAGGUGUUUGGGAAGGAGGUUAUUUCCUUUUAUCCAUUGAUUACAAUCCAUGGGCCUGUUCAGAGAAGCAUAUUCAGUUAUUUACCCGGACAACUAUGCUGAGUAAAACCAUCUGAAAUAGGUUAAAACACGUGUUCCAGGUUUUACUCAGGAAAUGUAUCCAGAUAAUUCACAAAGCUUCAUGGAACAGGCCCCAAACACGAAGGGGUUGUUAAAUCCAGUCACUCCUUGCUUAACUAUCACCCUAAUCCAUGUCCUGACUAUUGAUUUCCACCGCCAUCAGUAGUCCCUGCCCCCACCAUCAAAAUAUGCUGCCCCCUCUGUUAUCAGACGGUUGCAGUUUCGUGGCGCCAUCUUCUCCUCUGCUUGUUUCAGUGAGGAAGUAGAAAAAAACAACAGUAAAACAUCCACGAUGAGAAGAGUGUCAGUAAAUCAAACAAAUGAAUAACCGCUGAAAUGUGUGUACAAAAAGGAAAUAAAAAAAAAAAAUUAUCCAAUCAACCAGUUUUUUCUUCAAAGUUUGGUGAGGGUGAUAUUUGUUUUAUUGUUUUAUUUUGCAAACAAAAAUCCUUUGUUACUUCUGCUGUGACAAAUAAAAAAUUGUCUUUC